AUGCAGCUCACAGUGGUUGUACCAAAGACAGAGGUCAAAACAGAGCCGAUGCAGAACAAUGCUAUGGAUCUCUGCUCUAGUCCUGAAGACCGCAAACACCCAAUUCGAGCUGCAAAACUCAAGCCCUCAUCUUUUCAAUGGCUACAUGUCCCAAAACUCGAGCCCUCUUUCAUUGACCUCUGCAGUCUGGCACCUAACAAACAUUCUGUGGGAAGAAAGCCCAACUCAACCACAGUUCAGCCAUCCUUGCGCUCAGUUGAGCUGGCACCUGGAAUUGUUUGCAAGGGGAGUGUUUUCAACAGCUGGGGGGAUGCACAUGAGGCUGUAUAUGCUCGUGAAGCAUGGCUUGGACAUCGUUGGUGCAUCACCCAAGGGAAAGUCAACAAGCAUGGAAACAGAAAGAAAGUCACUUUCCAUUGCAACCAUUAUUAUUGUACUGUCCCCAUUCAUUCUGCCAUCAUUGAUCCUUCUGAUCAUCGCUGUGGAAAGACAAUCAAGACUGAGUGUUUCGCUCAUGUAAAUGUCAACCACAUUGCAAGUUCUUCUCUCUACCACAUAACCCUUAUGCACUGGGAUCACAACCAUGCUCGAGAGAUUCCAGAAGGUGGUCCUGUUCAAUGCCUUGUGACAACAAUGGAGAAGAUAGAAAUCUCACAGCUGGCGAUGAGUUCGAACCAGACAUUUACACGUGGGCAAAUUGUGGUGGUCCUAGACUCUCAGACUGUUGUCACAGGCAUCUGGUGGCAGUCUCCACUCCAGGGUGAGCUCUGCCAGUGUUACAGCGAUAUCCUGAUUAACGACAACACAUAUGCUCGGAAUCAAAAUGGAUAUCCACUCAACAUUGGCAUCAUUAUUGAUGGGCAUGGUUCUUCACGUAACACAUGGUAUGCCUUGCAUGCCCAAGAAGACAUCAUGCACCAUGACUGGGUCUUCAGCUGUCAUCUUCAAAGUGUGGGUUUCCCUCCAGAUGGGCUAAUCUCUGACCGGCACAGAUCUAUAAUUGCGAGCAUGCGCCGAAUCCUCCCCCUCACUCCUCACUUUUUCUGCAUCCAUCACCUCAACACAAAUGUAGAAACCAAUGUUCAUUGCAGUCUGGGCUCCCACUGGCCAACAUUCACACAGAUGUUCUGGCAGACGUACCGUGGGGUUUCCCAGAGGAGUUUGAUUGAUGAACUAUAUCCCUGCCGAUCUCAAUGGGCAUGGGCGUACACCAGCUUUCAUUUCACCUGUGGUGUUCGUACCAAUGGCUGUGUUGAAGGUGAGAACCAGGUCAACAAGCUCAUUGGCGGUCCCAAGAAAAGUGUGAUGCAACUUUUCAACGGCCUCAAUGAGCAUACCACUGGUCAGGGCAUCCAGGACAUGAUUCGUGUUUCACGUUGCCAGCAUGCUGGACCUAUUGAGUCAGUCUUUCCUGGCCCACUUCAAGUGCUUAGAAUGUAUGUCGGACCAUAUGCGCUUCAGAGGAGUUUCAAGGAGAUGGAAUUGAGCAUGUACUACCAAACAGAGGUUCUGCAACGGCCAGACGGCAUUCAGGAUUGGGUGCAUUGCACAAAUACAAUCUAUUCUGGUGUUCUGUUCUCUGACAACUCUGGAUGUGUUGGAUUUUGUCAGAAUGAGUAUGCGAUCCAAGUCAAAAAUGAAAUUGGUUGCAGAGGAUGA